UCACCCUCCACACCUUAUGAAUUGAAACAGAAAUCGGAGGCGUAAACUUUCAAUUUAUAAAAACCUCAGCGCUUGUCAACAGAUGCAAGCCCCUCCCUCGCAUAACGGUUCUCAGAAUCCCAUGCCUCCAAGCAAUCCAUUGAGAUUAGUUCAAACCCAAGUCGCUGACAUGUACUUUUCCUCCCUAGUUUUUUGCUCCCAAAUCCCUUCCUAUUAGGUCACAUUUCAACCUCCUCUUAAUCCCAUUCUACAUGUGAUCCUUGAUCCUUCCUCUUUUACUGGUGCAAGGUCCCCUUCUCUUCUCCUUCUUUUCAAACGCCGAAUCACCCUCUCCAUGACUUCCUCUGUUUUGCUUCUAUUGGAAUGAACUCCCGCUCAUGGAUUUAUUCCUUCACUGCCUCCGCCAUAUUUCUGUUGCUAACCCUCUUCUUUCACUCUGACUAUGGCCUUCCCCGCAGGGUUUUUGCACCGAAGGAUGGUUCUUUUUUCUGGUUAUUUUGGGGUCUUCCUCUCCUACCUCUCGCAAGCUCUGUUCUGGGUAUUCGCCAGAAUUUUCAUGAGAUAUUUCGGUCCUGGAGCGAUUAAUUCAGCUCGUUCUGCAACACUCUCCUAUGACUCAAAAUUUUCCGGGCCAGAAUCAGAUGCUGGAGUAGGGUAUUCUUAUUCUUCCAGAGAUAAAGAGUCGAAUUCUGAAAGCUUCGAGGAUGGUACUGAUGCUCUUCCAGAGGGAAGUGAUUUGAUCUAUUCUAAUGAUUCCCGGCCAGAAACAGAGCCCGAAAUAGGGUGUUCUGAAAUUAUGGACGACACCGAAAAUGUCGGUAUUGAAAAAGAGGACACGCCGAAACUGGUUUUCAAGUUCCAAUAUCAGAAUUGGAAACCCAUUGAAGAAUUCAACGAAAGCAACGGUGACAACUUUCAUCUUGUUAACAACCCGGAUGCAGCAUCUUCAAGCGCGAGCAAGUGUGAGUUCAUCUCAGGCAAAAGUGCCCGCCAUUUCUUGGAGGAACCCGAGGUUUCGAUUCUCACUGUCAGGGAAUUAUUUGUUCAAUCGAAUGAUGGGUCCUUGGAAAAUAAAGAAAUCCAGAAUUUUGGGUUCCUUCCUGAGAGUGAAGGACGGGACGUCCUUGAACACAAGGCUGAGAAGCUCAAACCUAGGCCAUAUGUAAAAGCAAUGGAACAGCCUGAAUCUGGGAAAAAUCAAGUGGAGAAUCCACAUAUUUCUGCCAUUGAUGUUUUUUCAAAUUUAGGCCGUGAAUCAAAUUCGAAGAGUUCAAAUAUUAAUUCUUUGAUCGAUAGUCAAUUAUCGGACUCAGACUUGGGAACCACUGUUAAGCUUGACAAGUCAGGAAACCAAGACGAUGAAAAUGCUGGGUUAACAGAAGAAGAUAUGGUCUUAGAGGGGGAUAGUUGGUCAGAUAAUUUAGAUGUCGGGUACGAGCCGGAUGAUUUUGAUGGAGAAGAUAAAGACUUAAUGGAAGAGCUUCAAAAAUUAGAAGAAGAGGCUCAGGAACAGAAGCUGUCAGGUAAUGACAAAGUCAGCUCCAAAGCCGAAGAAUUUGGUGACAAAGAAAAACGGCCCAUUGAUUGUCCGAUGGAUUCUGCCAAACCCAAUUUGCAGAGCUCAAUAGGUUCGGAUCUUGAGGACUCCAACAGGUUUGACACGCUCUGGGAGCAUCAGGAUUUGAUAGAGCAGCUGAAGAUGGAGCUGAAGAAGGUGAAAGCCACGGGCCUUCCGACCAUCCUCGAGGAUUCUGAGUUUCCGAGGAUAGUGGAAGACCUGAAGCCAUGGAAAAUCGAGGAGAAAUUCCAGCCUGGCACUAGUACGACCAACGAGGUUCCCAAAUUCUACAAGAGUUACAGAGAACGCAUGAGAAAAUUCGAUAUCUUGAAUUACCAAAAAAUGUGCGCCAUAGAUUUUUUGCAGUCAAAGGAGCCAAUACAAUCAUUUUCAAGCCGCAUGACAUCUACAGCAACGAUCAUGUCCCAACUUUCACAGAGCUUUCACCUUUCCAGACGCAAAAAAUCUGAGACAGACCCCACGAAGAAGUUCGUCAGAGAGCUGUACAGUGAUCUGGAAACGAUUUAUGUGGGUCAGCUCAGCCUGUCCUGGGAAUUCCUUCAAUGGGAAUACGAGAAGGCCCUGGAGCUAUGGGAUUCUGACCAGUACGGCACACGAAGGUUCAAUGAGGUGGCCGGCGAAUUUCAGCAAUUUCAAGUUUUGCUUCAAAGAUUUAUAGAGAACGAGCCUUUCCAAGGCCCACGAGUUGAGAAUUACGUCAGAAAUCGUCGCGCCAUGAAGAAUCUUCUUCAAGUUCCUGUAAUAAGAGAGGACAACACAAAGGAUAAGAAGAAAACGAGAAAAAGAGAUUCAGAUAACGAUGCCAUCACAAGUGACAUGUUAGUGGAAAUCCUAGAGGAAUCAAUUAGAACGAUUUGGCGUUUCAUUAGGGCGGAUAAAGAUGCAUGUAACCUGACACUCAAAGGUGUAAAAGAGAAUCAGACAGAGCUCCAAGACCCUGCAGAUUCAGAGCUUCUAGCACAAGUCCGAGCAGGGCUUCAGAAGAAGGAGAAGAGGCUGAGAGAGAUAUUGAGGAGCGGAAGCUGCAUAUUGAAGAAAUUCCAAAAGCGGAAAGAGGAAGGGACGGAUCAGUACUUAUACUUCUUCUCCCAAGUGGAUAUGAAAUUAGUGUGGAGAGUGUUGAACAUGUCGAGGAUAACGACGGAUCAACUAGCGUGGUGUAGCAAUAAACUAAACAAGAUUAAUUUUGUACAUCGAACAUUACAUGUAGAACCGACAUUCUUACUUUUCCCAUCUUAACCUUAAUUCCUAGCUUUCUUUAUGAUGCUCCUCCCUCCCAUUUUUUAGAAGCUCCUUCUGGGAAUGCCCACUUUCUCAUCUUCUCCUCGACAAUUAGACUAAGCCAGUACUCUGUACAUUGUGGCCCUGUAGUGACUAAUCACAGAUGUCUUUGGAGCUGAGCAUUUACUCUGUA